CACGCGCGCGCGGACGGCAGAGAGGCCGCCGACAGGAGGGAGGGCGAGGAGGGCCUGCUCGGCUCUGGGCGCCCCGACCCAUGGCAAGCCCCGCCCCGCCUGCGGCCGAGGAGCUACCGGGCCCGGCCACCAGGCGCCUCUACUCCAGGAUGGAAGCCUCGUGCCUGGAACUGGCGCUGGAGGGCGAGCGGCUGUGCAAGGCCGGAGACUUCAAGGCGGGCGUGGCCUUCUUUGAGGCCGCCGUGCAGGUGGGCACGGAGGACCUGAAGACGCUGAGUGCCAUCUACAGCCAGCUGGGCAAUGCCUACUUCUACUUGAAGGAGUAUGCCCGUGCCCUGCAGUUCCACAAGCAUGACCUGCUGCUGGCACGGACCAUUGGUGACCGCAUGGGGGAGGCCAAGGCCAGCGGGAACCUGGGUAACACGCUCAAGGUCCUGGGCCGAUUCGAUGAGGCUGUGGUCUGCUGCCAGCGCCACCUGGACAUUGCCCAGGAACGGGGCGACAAGGUCGGAGAGGCAAGGGCGCUCUACAACAUCGGCAAUGUGUACCACGCCAAGGGCAAGCAGCUGUCCUGGACCUCCGCCCAGGACCCCGGGCACCUGCCGCCCGACGUGCACGAGACCCUGCACAGGGCCUCCGAGUUCUACGAGAAGAACCUCUCGCUGGUGAAGGAGCUCGGCGACCGCGCAGCCCAGGGCCGGGCCUACGGCAACCUGGGCAACACCCAUUACCUGCUGGGCAACUUUGCCGAGGCCACAACCUUCCACAAGGAGCGGCUAGCCAUCGCCAAGGAGUUCGGAGACAAGGCAGCCGAGAGGAGAGCCUACAGCAACCUAGGCAAUGCCCACAUCUUCCUGGGCCGCUUCGACGUGGCUGCUGAGUAUUACAAGAAGACACUGCAGCUGUCCCGGCAGCUCAGGGACCAGGCGGUGGAGGCGCAGGCUUGCUACAGCCUGGGCAACACCUACACGCUGCUGCAGGACUACGAGCGCGCGGCUGAGUACCACCUGCGGCACCUGGUCAUCGCUCAGGAGCUGGCUGACAGGGUGGGCGAGGGCCGGGCAUGCUGGAGUCUGGGGAAUGCCUAUGUGUCCAUGGGGAGCCCAGCGCAGGCCCUGACCUUUGCCAAGAAGCACCUGCAGAUCUCCCAGGAGAUUGGGGACCGCAGCGGGGAGCUCACCGCCCGUGUGAACGUGGCACAGCUGCAGCUGGCGCUGGGCCGCCUGACCAGCCCAGCCGCCACCGAGAAGCCUGACCUCGCCGGCUAUGAGGCCCAGGGGGCCCGACCCAAGAGGACACAGCGGCUGAGUGCUGAGACCUGGGACCUGCUGAGGCUGCCCCUGGAGCGGGAGCAGAAUGGAGAUACCCACCCGCCAGGGGACUGGCGGGGACUGGGCAGGGACGCGCUCCCGCUGCCCGGGAGGAGCAGGAAGUACCAGGAAGGGCUGGACCCUGCUGAGAGGCGGCCCUGGGACGGCAGCCACUCCCCGCUGGACAGCACCGAUGUCCGGGUGCAGGUGCCUCGCUCGAGCGUCCCCAGAGCCCCCUCUUCCGACGAGGAGUGCUUCUUUGACCUGCUGAGCAAGCUCCAGAGCAGCCGCAUGGAUGACCAGCGCUGCCCCCUAGAGGAGGGGGCUGCAGAAGCCACCGCUGCCCCCUCCCCAGAGGAGAGGGCGGCUCAGCCGUCCAUGACAGCCUCCCCGCAGACCGAGGAGUUCUUCGACCUCAUCGCCAGCUCCCAGAGCCGCCGCCUGGAUGACCAGCGGGCCAGCGUGGGCAGCCUCCCCGGGUUGCGGAUCACCCACAACAACGUGGGCCACCUCCGAGGUGACGGGGACCCCCAGGAGCCCGGGGAUGAGUUCUUCAACAUGCUCAUCAAGUACCAGUCCUCCAGGAUUGAUGACCAGCGCUGCCCGCCGCCCGACGUGCUGCCCCGGGGCCCCACCAUGCCGGACGAGGACUUCUUCAGCCUCAUCCAGAGGGUGCAGGCCAAGCGGAUGGAUGAGCAGCGUGUGGACCUCUCCGGGAGCCCCGAGCAGGAGGCUGGCGGGCCCCCUGAGCCCCAGCAGCAGUGCCAGCCUGGCACCAGCUAAGACCUUCCUCCCCCACCCACAGCCAGGCCUGCCCGCUCCCUGCUCCAGGUCUCAGGUCCACGGUGGCCACAAGAGCCCAGGCCCUUCCUAGUGAGCUGGGUGCUGGGUGUGCAGCCUGCAGGGCAUCUGCCUGCCUUCGGCACGGUGCGGGCCAGGGCCGCCAUGCUGGGGAGGGUGUGCUCUGUUCCGCACGGCCAGGCUGGCCCUCAGCAUGUUGACCCCACAUCCCGGUGCUGCCAAGACCUGACCUCCCCCACCCCCAGGCUUUGUCCUGCCCCACCAAAUGUGAAAACCUGCCCUGGCCAUCCCUGCCACACACAGGGGGCUCUGGAGUCUUCUUGGGUUCUGGAGACAUGGGUGUGUUCUGUCCCCAGCUGGUCCUGGGGUGCUCAUGCAGGAGGCCCACUCUGUGCCCUCUGCCUCAGCCCCAGAGCAAG